AUCCCUCCUGUUUUAGGUAAUUUGAGCAACCUUGCACUUUUGUAUCUCCAUACCAACCAAGUUUCUGGUUCAAUUCCACUAGAAAUAGGGUAUUUAAUGAAUCUCAAGGAGAUUGACAUGUCCAGUAACCCUCUAACAGGUUCUAUACCUCCUACUUUUGGAAAGUUGACCAAGCUUACUUUUUUGUCCCUUAUUUACUGUCAAUUAUCUGGUUCGUUGCCUCAAGAAAUGACAAACAUGACAAAUCUUUCUAAACUCUACUUGGGUGACAACAACUUCUCUGGCUACUUACCUCAGUUAUGCCAAAGUGGGUCUCUUGAAAAAUUCACUGUGCCAAACAACCACUUCACCGGUGAGAUCCCAAGGAGCUUCAGAAAUUGCACCAGCUUAACAAGAGUUCUACUUUACGGAAACCGACUCACUGCAAAUGUAUCGAAAGCCUUUGGUGUAUACCCGCAUCUCACAUACAUGGACAUCAGCGACAACAUGUUGUUUGGUGAACUCUCACCAAACUGGGGAGAAUGCCAAAACUUGACAAAGCUACAAUUCUCCAGGAACAAUAUCAGUGGUGGAAUUCCUCCCGAGAUUGGGCAGUUGAGGCAGCUAAGAGUGCUAGAUCUUUCUUCGAACCAUCUAGUAGGAGAGAUUCCAAAGGAAUUUGGGGGGCUGACUUCUUUGUUCAACUUGACUUUAAAUGAUAACCAGCUUUCUGGUCAGUUACCGCAAGAGAUUGGAAAACUAUCCAAUUUGGAGAUUCUGGACCUGUCAAAGAAUUUCCUAACUGGUCCAAUACCACCUCAAUUAGGGGAUUGCUCCAAACUCCAAUAUCUGAAAUUGAGCGAAAAUGUUUUGAAUGGAAGCAUUCCUUUUCAGAUCGGUAACCUAGUAUACCUACAGGGCUUACUAGAUCUAAGUCAUAACUCCCUCAAUGGAAAGAUAUCACCACAACUGGCAAAAUUGAUUCGGCUGGAAAAGUUAAACCUCUCCCACAACAUGCCGUCAGGCUCCAUUCCACCCUCUUUUGAGGGGAUGUUCAGCUUGCACUCCAUUGAUUUUUCAUACAAUGCUUUGGAAGGUCCUCUUCCCAACAGCAAAGCCUUUAAGAAGGCUCCAUCAGAAGCAUUCAUAAAAAAUAAAGGCCUGUGUGGUGAAGCGCAAGGUUUGCGACUUUGCAACACCUCUUCAAUAAGUCAUGGUGAUGCAUGGAAAGGCCAGAAAGUUGUGAUCAUGAUUAUUCUUCUCUUCUCAGUAUUAUUUCUUUUAUUUGUCAUCGUUGGCAUUUCUUCCAUUUGUUACCAAAGAAGAAGAAGAAUAGAGAAAGGGGGUCUUGAAAGGAGCAGCGAAAAUACAUUUUCAACUUGGAAUUAUGAUGGGAUUGCCAAUUUUGAAGACAUUGUGGAGGCGACAGAAGGUUUUGAUGACAAAUACUGCAUCGGAAUUGGAGGGUAUGGGAAAGUUUACAAAGCAAAUCUACCAACGGGCUAGGUAGUAGCGGUUAAGAAGAUUCACCCACUCGAAGGUAGGGAUCAAUCUGAUCAAAGAAGUUUUAGAAAUGAGAUACAAGCAUUAACAGAAAUCCGCCAUCGCAACAUUGUGAAGCUUUAUGGCUUUUGUUCUCAUGCUCGAUGCUCGUUUCUAAUCUAUGAAUACAUGGAAAGGGGAAGCUUGGCAAGCAUCCUAAAGAAACGAUGAAUUAGCUGCACAACUGGACUGGACUCUAAGGGUGAAGAUUAUUAAAGGUGUGGCCCAUGCUUUAUCUUACAUGCACCAUGAUUGCACCCUGCCGAUUGUCCAUCGAGACCUAUCAAGCAACAACGUUCUAUUGAAUUCGGAACUUGAGGCUAGUGUCUCUGAUUUUGGCACUGCACGAUUGCUGAUACCAGAUUCGUCUAAUUGGACCACACUCGCAGGCACGUAUGGAUACAUUGCUCCAGGUUAGUCACUAAUACAUUCUCAACACUUUAAUAGUUUUAAUA